CCAAAAAAAAAAAAAAAGUGAGUUCAUUCUAAAUCACGCGCAAACCUGACCCCUGGAAUAAGGUGGUGCCGAGAAUCGAGCUUUCUUAGUGCUAUAGAAUAAUAAGCUCAUUGUCGGCGUCUUACAUCAUCUCAUUUAAUUCGCGUGGCAGACUGAUGAAAGAUUCCCCCCUGGUUGCGGAUAAAGCCGAACAGACUGGGGUCGUGUGGCUAAUAAAGAGCAAAGGUGGAAUUUGGAAGUCUGGUAACCCAACCCCACUGCUGAGGGCUUUAACCCGUGAAGCUGUACAGUCCGUUGGGGAAAGGGCUUGGAAAACUUAAAAGAGAAUCAGCGAGGACAUUUCCCCUGAGUGAGUGACCCCUGAACCAAAGCCUAGGUGAUGAUGAGUUAAUCAAGUUGAAGACGUGGGCAAAAGAUCUGUCCAGACUAGUUGCAGAACAAGUCAUUUGAUAAGUUUGGAGUGUAGCCUCCAGGGGAGAAUACUAGAAAAUGCCAGAAAACUAGGAGGCUAAACAGCUGAGGCCUUGUAGUUUGGACUUUAUCUCCAAGGCGGAGGAUCCACCCACGAGAAACCUUCAGAAGGGGGAGAUGAGCCAAUCGAGGUGGCACACGCCUAUUCAUCCCAGCACUCAGAGGACAAAAUCAGACAGACUUCUGAAUUCAAGGCCAGCCUGGUAAUACAUAGUGAGUUCCAGGACACACAGGGCUACAAAGAGAGACCUUGCCUCAAAACAAAAUAAAAAGUUGUAAGCAGAGAUUACGUGAUUGGCCAAUGCAGUAAUUAUAGUGAGAGAUCAUCGUGCACUAGGACUCAAAGUAGCUGUGGAGGACCUGGGAAGUCCUAAAGACAGAGAAACACACCCAGCCACUGCUCUCCAGCAACUGCAGUCGCGUAAUAGGCAUGUUGCAGACCCGUGGUUCCUACCAGUUACUGGAUUUGAAUGUUCUAGGGUCGGAAGACGUUCUAAAAACUGGACACUUCAUCCAUAGGCAGGCUUGUGAAGUCGGGAUCUACAUUUUGUAGAUGGUAACCCUGAAACUCAGAGAGGUGAACGCUUUGAUCAAGUUCCCACGGCCAAUUAGGGAUAGAAGCAGGGCUCCUACCAGCCUUUGAACAAAGGCAUUCCUGGAGAAGUAUGGAUACUUCAAUGAGAAGGGUUCGAAAGCUCCAGCCUCCACGCAGUUCAGCAAUGCCAUCAGAGAGUUCCAGUGGGUGUCCCAGCUGCCCAUCAGUGGCGUGUUGGACCGGGCCACACUGCAUCAGAUGACACUUCCGCGCUGUGGGGUUGCAGACGCCGACAGUCAUGCAGCUUGGGCAGAGAGGAUCAGUGCCCUGUUUGCUGGACGCCGGGCCAAAAUGAGACGUAAGAAACGCUUUGCAAAGCCAGGUAACAAAUGGUACAAACAGCAUCUGUCCUACCGCCUGGUGAACUGGCCUGAGCGCCUGCCCGAGCCAGCUGUCCGAGGGGCCGUACGAGCUGCCUUCCAGUUGUGGAGCAAUGUGUCAGCGCUGGAGUUCUGGGAGGCCCCAGCCACAGGCCCUGCUGACAUCCGCCUCACCUUCUUCCAAGGGGACCACAAUGAUGGGCUAGCCAACGCAUUCGACGGCCCAGGGGGCGCCCUGGCGCACGCCUUCCUGCCCCGCCGGGGCGAAGCGCAUUUCGACCGAGAUGAGCGUUGGUCCCUGAGCCGCCGCCGCGGGCGCAACCUGUUCGUGGUGCUGGCGCACGAAAUCGGCCACACGCUUGGUCUCGCGCACUCGCCCGCGCCCCGCGCGCUCAUGGCGCCCUACUACAAGAAGCUGGGCCGCGACGCCCUGCUCAGCUGGGACGACGUGCUAGCGGUGCAGAGCCUGUAUGGGAAGCCUCUGGGACGCUCAGUGGCCACCCAGCUCCCUGGAAAGCUAUUCACUGACUUUGAGGCUUGGGACCCUCGCAACUCCCAGAGGAUACGCCCCGAAAUCAGAGGUCCUAAAUACUGCCACUCUUCCUUUGAUGCCAUCACUGUAGAUGGACAGUGGCGACUGUACGUCUUCAAAGGAAGCCACUUCUGGGAAGUCGCAGCUGAUGGCAAUGUUUCAGAGCCCCGUCCCCUACAGAAAAGGUGGCCUGGGCUGCCUCCCAAUAUCGAGGCUGCUGCAGUGUCGCUGGAAGAUGGAGACUUCUACUUCUUUAAAGGGAGUCGAUGUUGGAGGUUCCAGGGCAUGAAGUCUGUGUGGGGUAACUCACAACUGUGCCGGGCUGGAGGUCUGCCCAGACACCCAGACGCCGCUCUCUUCUUCCCGCCUCUGCGCCGCCUUGUCCUCUUCAAGGGCGCCCGCUACUACGUGCUGGCUCGAGGCGGGAAGCAAGUGGAGCCCUACUAUCCUCGCAGCCUGAGGGACUGGGCGGGGGGCCCUGAGGAGGUCAGUGGCGCCCUACCAAGGCCGGAUGGCUCCGUCGUCUUCUUCAGAGAUGACCACUACUGGCACCUGGAUCAAGCCAAACUGCGGGUGACCGGCUCCGGCCGCUGGGCCACAGAGCUGCCCUGGAUGGGCUGUUGGAAUGCCAACUCAGGAGGUGCCCUGUUCUGAAGGCGCCCCAUACUGAAUGAACAGUGGUUGCCCCCGCCCGAGGGGCGAGGCCUGUCUAGGAAGCCUUGAACCUCGCAGGAACUUCCCGGUAGCACUGGCUUCAGCAGGAAAUCUGCAUUUAUUCCCCACCACCACCACCACCACCACUGUGGUCGAAGGAGAAACAAAAACAGGGUCCCCAUAGCCCUUUCCCUCAAGGACCUCCUUCCUUCCCACUCCUGAGGGGAUUCUGUUCUGAUGAAGGUGCAGUCCCAUGCCCAUAGUGCUGAGUCCCACCAGAGAAGAUGCAAAACUUAACUGGGAGGGGGGUGAGGACCACUCUGCAGGACCUCCCUUUCUAUCUAUGCCUUUCAGGCUCAGUUCCUGGGAAAUCACGUAUUAUUCCAUCAGAGACUUCACCCUACCUCCCAUGCCCAGCAAGUUUGGGUGUGGUGAAGGCUCCUCUCCACUGUCAGGGGCGCUUUGCUGGAUCAAGAAGCAGAGCAGAAGGGAAUGUGGUCCUCUUAGGCCUGACUUCUUGUCUGGGGUGAUGAAGAAGUACCCCUAGCUGGUCAGCCCAGAGAUGUAGCAGCCUUCCUUGGGCAGCCUCAGUAGAAGCAGAUGAGUGUGGGGUGCUUGAGACUCGGGGACCCAUGCUCUUACAUCCAACUAAGGGACAACCAGCUGCGUGUGGUUGUUGUGGAGAGAGGGGGUGCACCUCUCUUCAGAAAGCAGACCGUCUUCACCAGUUUGCCUUCCAGAUGGACGUCUCUUGUGCAGCAGGAAGAUGGCAGAGGGCCCUUUCCGGGUCUGACCAUUGCAGGCACUGGGAAUGCAGCCUCCAUAGCGCUCUGCAGGUUGGGUGAGGCCCGUUUGCUCUCAAUGGCCCCAUUCUCCAGGCCACACACGCAGCAGCAUUCCGAAGCUCAUGCUGUCUAGCCAAGAAUAGCUGGGAUUCCUGGAGAAGGAACCAGCUCCCCAGCUUUCCCCCUUUGUCUGAGCCAGUCUCGGUAUUAAUUUUAGCAUCUGGAUCUCCAUCCCACCCUGCCUCCUCCUCCACCUACCAAUGCCUCUGCACACACACACACACACACACACACACACACACACACACACACUCACACACACACACUGACCACCGAGAGCCAGCUCUCAGGGAGGGGAGAACGAUUUGGCAGGGGAGCAGCCCACAGUUCCCCAGAGGCAUUGCUGGCCCCGUGCCCUCCUUUCUUCUCUGUGCCGUGGACAGAAUGGCCUUUGACUGCCCUUAGAUGCAAGUGCUUUGUACUGCCCUGUCCUGGGGAGACCAUGGAGGAACCACCCUGCUAUCCCCUGCUUUCUGGGUUGUACUCAGGAGAGAGAAAGGAGGGUCCCAUCUUUAUCACCCCACUCCACUUCAGGCAACUCUGAUUUGAGACUUUAUUGAGGGAUUAGAGGGAAAGACGGAAUGUCUUAAAGGACAGAGGGAACCCCGAGGCUGUUUUUCUCCAGGCGAUGCCUCUGUUCGCCUGGCCAGAAAGACAUGGAAAAGAUGCAGGUGAGGAUGAAUUGGAGGCGUGGGUCAGGAGAGCUGUAGAUGUUGGGUACUGUCUAGGGAGUAGUGCCUAGGUUCUGCUGUAUAGUUUGGCGAGACAACAGGUGUGAACCGACAGUGGGCCUUUUCACCGGAAGGAGGCGCCAAGGACGGCAGUUUGAAAGGACAGCUCUGUGGAACGCACUAGAGAUAGAAGAGUUUGGAGCUUUGCGGGUGCAGAGGCUGGGACUGGAUGCACUCAGAGCUCCCGGCGGCCUCCGCCUUACUCGGGUCAGGGUGCUCCAGAAUACAGUGCUCUAUGUAGGCCGGGUGGCUAUGCAGGCUCUUGCAUUUCUUGCAGAAAAGGAUCUCGCAGCGCGCACAAACCCCGCGGCGCGGUGGCCGCCGCCGCGUCUCCAACACGCACGGUUCUUCCGGGGCACCACGCUUCCUACGGGCCGGGGACGUGAGUGCUCAGUAGCCCUGCGGCCCUCCUCCCUAAAACUCGACCCCGGGUGCUUGCGUCUCACCUGUCCGCAGGAGCGGCCAGGCCACCCAGCAGCGCGAACGGGCUGAGCCAGCCCCAGAAGCCGCUGUCCGAGCGUCGCAGCAGCGCCACCUGCUGGGUGCUGGGCUCCUGGCGCAGCGGGCAGUAGCACACCGAGAGGGCCUCGCGCUCCUCCGCAUCGCGGGCGUCCUCCUCGACCUCCGCCGUGCUCUCGGGAUCCCGCUUCUCCACCUCCGACGAUGACGACGACGACGACGACUCGUCCUCCGUCUCCUCCUCGCUGGCCUCGGGCUCCUCCACCUCCUUCUUCCACAGAGGGGUCUUCACGCCUGCAGGCGGGGAGGGGGAGCCUGAAUCCAGCAUGCCUGGGGGAGAUGCGGCCGUCCAGCUGCUGCCUGCCAAAGGGCUUCGGAGUCCCAGAUUCCCGGACUGCGGCCAAGUUCCCGCCCUCCUGAGCUUCCUUGCUAAGGAUUCCAAGCAAGUCACCUCGCUUCCAUCAAGCUCCAUUUUUUUUUAUUUUUUUAUUUUUUUUAUUUUCCCGUCUCUGAAGCGGGAAAAGUAGCACCUACCUCAAUAGUGGUUGUGAGGCUGACUCUAGAUAGUGUCUGGGUAAAACACACAGUUUCCUGCUUGCCGUUGUGCAAGCAAUCAACGAACAUAUAUUGCCAACACGGAAGGAGGAGGAUUACCCAACGUUAAUAAACAUCAAUUGCUAUUUCAA